AUGUCGGUUCUUUGUUGUUUUUAUUCCCAAAGAAGCGCAUCUUCGACGCGGAUUUCAUCAUGGCUAAUGCAGCCUCUCGUGCUGUGCGUCUUUGUCAUGACCGUUGCGCGCGGGCAGGUCCGUUAUUCUGUUCCAGAAGAGAUGACAAAGGGCUCGCUGGUGGGAAAUAUUGUUCAGGAUCUCGGUUUGGAUGUUAAGAGACUGAAAUCUGGUCGAGCGCGGAUCUUUACGGAGGACAGUCGUGAGUACAUCGGUCUGAAUGUGGAUAAAGGGACUCUGCUAGUGAAAGAGAGGAUAGAUAGAGAGGAGCUGUGUGCCCAAGUAUCUCCCUGCUCCUUGCAUUUUCAGAUCAUUCUAGAAAAUCCAAUUGAGCUCCAUAGAAUCGAUGUGGAAAUAUUAGAUAUCAAUGAUCAUGCUCCAGUUUUUGUUAGAAAGGAAAUAAGCUUUCAAAUUAGUGAGCUGGCUGUUCCUGGAGCCAAAUUUUCUUUAGAUAAUGCGCAAGAUUCUGAUGUGGGUUUAAAUACCCUUCAGAAAUACACACUCAAUCCGACUCAUCAUUUUUCUCUGAAAGAACAGAUGGGUAAUGAUGGAUUGAAAUAUGUUGAAAUGAUUCUACAAAAAACACUAGACAGAGAAACUCAAGAGGAGCAUAAAUUAAUAUUGACGGCGUUUGAUGGCGGCAGUCCUCAGAAAUCAGGCACUAUUAAAAUAAGUGUUCUUGUAAUCGACGCAAAUGACAAUGCUCCUGUGUUUAGUCUCCCCGUGUAUAGAGUUUCCUUAUUAGAGAAUUCAGCAAAGGGCACUGAUGUUGUGAGCGUGACUGCAACUGAUAAAGACAAAGGCACGAAUGCUGAAAUGGCGUAUUCCUUCUCACAAACAUCAGGAAAGGCUUUAGAACUGUUCAAUAUAGAUUCACAAAGUGGUGACAUUAUUGUUAACGGUGACCUGGAUUUCGAGAAGUCAAAACAUUUUCAAUUGCAUGUUGAAGCAACAGAUAAAGGUGGCUUAACAGAUUCCAGUAAAGUUAUUAUCGAAUUAAUUGACUUUAAUGACAAUGCACCCAUGAUAAGCGUAAUUUCAUUUUCUAACCCAAUACCCGAGGACGCAGCGCCAGAGACUGUGAUAGCGAUGCUGAAUGUCAAAGAUUUAGAUUCAGGGAGAAACGGACAGGUUAAAUGUUCUAUUGCUCCAAAUUUGCCAUUCAAAAUACAGUCAUCCACCUCAAAUUUCUAUAGUGUGACAACCGAUCAAUUAUUAGACCGUGAAAAAAUAUCCGAAUAUAAUAUCACAAUAACAGCUAUUGAUGAGGGCUCACCCUCUUUCUCUACUAAUAAAACACUGACUCUGAAAAUCUCUGAUGUCAAUGACAACGCCCCUGUGUUUCAGCGUCAGUCAUACACCGCAUAUGUGAUGGAAAAUAAUUCACCCGGAGUCUCUGUCUUAUCUGUUAAAGCGCAUGACAAAGACUCUGGCAAUAACGCGCGUAUUUCAUAUUUU